CAGCACACGCGCAGCCCAACCUUUCUCUCUCUCUCCGCGGGGAAGUGGUGGUGGUGGAGUCUGUGCCAUGUGGGCCUCGCCGGGGAGGCUGCCGGCGAUGAUGGGGGAAGACGGGGAGGAGGCGGACGUGGACGUGGACGUGGACGCGGACGCGGAUGCGUACGCGUACGGCGGGCGGACGGCGCGCGCGGGGGCGGCGGCGUCGUGCUGGGGCAGGCUCGGGCUCGCGGCACUGUGGCACAGGCUGCGGCAGCUCAGGCUGGCGCGGCGCAGGAGGCGGCACGGCGGCGGCCGCUCCGUCCUCGGCGCCGCGGGGCUCAACUACGACCCGCUCAGCUACGCGCAGAACUUCGACGACGGCAGCCUCGAGCCGGACUUCACGGCCAGGUUCGCGCCACCGCGCGGCGCCGGCUCGCCGAGGCUCCCGCCGGCGGCCGCCACGGCAUGACGCCACGCGGGUUGAUCUUGGAAGGAUGGCGCCGUGACGUGUGGUAUUUUUUACAUAGUUUGUUUUUCUUCUGCCACUGGUAUGGCUUCACUGGCUUGUUCGCGCUCUGUCCUCCUGAGUGCUAAACUGUCAUCACUCUUGUUUUUCAGAUGAAAUGUACAUAUAUAGAUGUCAGAACUCAGAUUUUCGGAUCAUGUUUGUAAGUAGAUUAGUUUGGUGUAGUCUAAUACGGAGUAUUAAUCUCUAGGAAACAUAUAUUACAAAUCUUAGCUUGCUUCCGUUGUACCACAUCAUCUAGUAUAUCACUACAUGAUUUCAGCGUUUGUGCAUAGUUGCAGGGAUCCUCACUGACUGCUCUCGUCUACAGCAAACGAAUUUUGUUAAUCAGAAUAAACUGCUCAUAAAUUCUCCAUUCUUGUAUUCUAAUU